AUGGCACCGGUGUUAUCUCAAAGCCUCGUCUCUCUAGCGGGUAAAAUUGCUCGCAUAAAAGCUCGAGUCAAGAAGCUCGAGGACGAAAUCUCUGCUGAAAAGCCCAAAUCAGAAGAUGGGGCUUCUGCUACCAAGACUUUCCCCAAGUUCCGCCAACUUCCCGUCGAGAUCCGACGGGCCAUCUGGGAAGCGUCGCUCCCUGCCUCGCGUGUGUUCGAGCCAACAGGCGAUGACGAAGAACUCUUCAGCUACAAAGAAGGGAAGCCUACUAGAUUCAUUCGGGAGUGGGCACCGCCAAGAAUGAGAGGCGCUUGCCGGGAGGCCUAUGCAGUCUGCAUGUCGGUGGGUCGUUUUACUUUUGGGUGCUUCAAGAACUCGAGAAUCCGCGGUCUCUGGUUCAACGACAAGCACGACGCAGUGUACUUUUCGCACUACUGGCAAUGGGAUUAUACUCGAGUAUGUGGAGUGCAGACAAUCUAUCUCAGCCCCAAGAUCGCUCUGACGGAGCUCGUCCACAAAAACUGCUGGGACGCCAACCUCGCUGCUUGCCGUCGCUUGGUCGUCGCUCUGCAUCCUGGGAUGCUAUCCCCAGCUGCAGAAGUGACGCCAGAGGACCUCCCGGGCACGAAGCCAGUCUUUCGUGCCAUGACAGACGACGACAUCAUUGGUCCGCACCAGCUUAAGGCUGCAAGCUUUCCCGAAUUCGCGGACAAGGAAUUUAUCACCUGGGGUGAGCUCAGGCUUGUCUUGCAAAACCUGAGACAAAAGAUGAUAACUGCGAAUGCGGAAAAGCCGGAUUUCUACAAGGGCCCGAUCCAGAUGGAAGCCGUGGAGGUUUUCCGAGCGUUGGAUGAUAGGCGGUGA